UGCUAGAGUGACGUAUAGUACGUGCUACGGUACGCCACUUGUGACCAAGGGAGAAAAGCGCGGACAUUGAGAAUACUGGGGAAAUUGUAGGAACAGGAUCAUAACUUAAUUGAUUGCUGGAACAGAGUCCAAUUUCCUCUUCUCAUGUAAAGGCAUCAGGAGGUGUCUAACAUGGACGGAGAAUUAAGGUCAGGGAAGGAAAUUAACGAGGACAAGGUGCCUCAUCAUGGUGACACAGAAAAUGUCUCCACAGAGGAAAUGGAGAGUGGAGGAAGUCCUUCCCUAGCAAAGAGGCCCAGGCCUGAUGAUGUCACAGCUGACAGCACAGGAGAGAUUGAAGAGGACACCGGCGGUGAGGUGGCUGAUGGGAAGGAGUCAGACCAGCCCCCUCGGGCUGAGAUGAACAUUACCCCGGAGACAUGUCACGGCUGUGCCUGUCCCAUCUGUGGCUUUGUGGCCAAAACUCCAACGUCCUUGAAGAUUCACUCGAAAAGGAAGCACACCGGUAGAGGAAAGACCAGGGGUGUGAGCUCAGCUGAGGUACUUGUUGAAAUAGAUGGCUCCACAACCGGAGCAACAGCACAGAGUUCAAAUGACAAAAUAGGUGGAGACACUGAGUGGAAAGUGAGCAGCAGAGAGAGACAUCAGGAUGCCACAGAGAGUCAGGGCUCAGAGGCAGGAGGUUCUGAGGGGGAGGUGACUACAAUAAUAGCCAAAGAGGAAAUAGCUGAGAAACAAGGGACAGGGAGAGAAGCUUUUGACAGGAAGGUGACUCCAAUAGCUACAGAGGAGAUUGCAAAGGAGGAGCAAGAAAAGACCCCCGGUAAGAAGAUGGUAGGUAAACGGGGCACCAAGCCAAAGACUAUACAUGCUUGCAGCUACUGUGGUCACGAGUUUAAGGACAAGCCGAGCCUAGAUACACACAUCAAGAGACGCCACACCAAGGAGAUGAAUUACUUCUGUGAAUUCUGCUUGUACGCCUGUGUGGCAAAGUGCGACUACGAAAAGCACUGUCUUAGUAACAAGCACAACAAACGAGUCACGGAAAGCAGGGAAUCCUCUGGCCUCUCGUCACCCACGGACAAGAAGACAGCCGAACAGGCUCAAAUCUUUGCCUCCACGACGACUCAGACCCGGGCGUCCAAGCGUGCCCUCGGUGCCAGGUUCCAGCUGCAGUGCGGGAGUUGCGAAUUCAGGGUCAGCAACUCUGCUUUGCUGGAGAGCCACGCUCGGCUAAAGCACCACGGCGAGCAUCGCUUCCUCUGUAACGUCUGCCACUACUACACCGCUACAUCCGAGUGGAUGGACACACACGUGUCCUCGGAGAGCCACCAGCGUGUGGCUGAGGAGAAAAACGCAGGGUCCUCCUUUGAGGACUGCGUUGAGAAGGUGAGCGUAGAUGCGGUCGGUGACGACAUGCUGACAGAUGACGUGGCAGUAGGGGUCAUUAGACACGAUGGAGAGCUGCACCCUGAUGUUAAUGAGGAAGCUAUUGGGGCUGCGAAGGCCGUGUUGGAGGACAUGGAAGAGCACAUGGACGAGAGAAUCCCUCCCAAGAGGAGGAGAGGCAGGCCAAAGGGGCCUGCUGCAACUACAUGUGAAUACUGUGGCCUUCUCGCCUCCAAUAGUACCAAUCUAAACGUGCAUAUUCGUCGUAAGCACAGCCGGCAGUACAGCUACACCUGCAGGCUUUGUUCUUACAACUGUGUGACGAAAGGCGACAUGGACCGCCACUGUGUCACAAAGAAGCACCUUAAACGCGUGGAGGAUGUUAGCAGCGAUGGCCAAGUGGACCUGGAUACAUCAGUGCAGGUCGUGAAUACAGAGUCAGGCUCUCAGGUCAGCGAGGGUGAGGCUAUACAUCAGAAUAGUCCAGUCAGAGGAGGGUCCAAAGGAGAGGGAGGGGAGCUGUCGCAAGACGACGACAAAGCACAAGUGAGCAGCCCGAAAAAGAGCAAGUACGACUUGGUCAACUCCUGCAGCCAUUGCAAGUUCGUAGCUCAUUCGAUUCCCUCCCUCGACCUCCACGUGAAGAGGAGACACACCCGGGACUUUGAGUUUGUGUGCCUGGCGUGCAGCUACUAUGCGGUCACGCGUCGAGAGAUGUCUCGCCACGCCUCCACGGACAAGCAUAAGCAGAAGAGCGAGGUCUACCUAGAGAACCUGGAGAGCUUCGUGGCGAAAGACCUGGCGCAGCCGGAGGAGGAGGCCACGGAGCUGGGGAACAGAGCUGACAACAAUGCUCGCACUGAGGAUCCUUCCCCUUCAGUGCCCCCUGACACAGACAUGGAGCAGCCCACUAACACAGACACAACUACAGACCAGCCUAACAUUAUAGACACAGACCAACCCACAGACACAGAUACAGACCAACCCAUAGACACCGACCAGCCCAACAACACAGACACAGACCAGCUCCCUAUCAUCGAUGCAGAGAAACCCACAGACACAGAUGCAGACCAACCUACAGACACAGACCAGCCCAACAACACAGGCACGGACCAGCUCCCUAUCAUCGAUGCAGAGAAACCCACAGACACAGAUGCAGACCAAGCUACAGACACAGACCAGCCCAACAACACAGACACAGACCAGCUCCCUAUCAUCGAUGCAGAGAAACCCACAGACACAGAUGCAGACCAACCUACAGACACAGACCAGCCCAACGAUACAGAAUUGGAACAGCCCCCUUGCACUGAUACAGACCAACCCACUAACACAGAUACAGACCAAUCCAAAGACAUAGACCAGCCCAACAUCACUGACAUAGACCAGCCCAACAUCACAGACACAGACCAGCCCCCUAUCACCAAUACAGAGCAACCCACAGACACAGCUACAGAUCAGCCCACAGACACCGAACACCCCACACAGACUUCUGACGUUUUGAGGAACGAGCAUGCAGCCCCAAUAGUGGAAGUUAGUGGAAGUGUUGUUGAGGAAAACACAGAGAUCCAGGUGGCUGGUGAGGCAUCCGGUGGUGGCGCGGAACUAACCAGCAACGAAGCCCCAGGUACAAUUGAUCCUCAGGUAGCACCAGCAGAAAUCACCAUAACACCGCCUGAGGAAGGCCAGAAGGAAGGGGUCGAGGCAGAGGCAGAGGCAGAGCCAGUCUGUUCCGACGACGACGUUGAGAUGGCAGAUGAGAAACCUCACAUCUCUUCCCCAGAGAAACAGCUCACCAGGGCACUGCCAUUUGAUGCUUGCAUCGUACCUCUCAAGUCCUUGACUGAAGCCGAGCUGGCUCUGCAUGAAGAACGAAUGGCUCACUCUGUUGAGGGACAAUCUGGCCCGGCUGUAAGUGGCCUGGCCGGGGCGGGCAGUUUUCAGAAGAUCAAAAGAACCAAACCUGUAGGGGCUUUAGGUCUGUCCAAGCGGUUAACUCCCAACCCCCGCAUCCGCUGCGAGGACUGUGGCUUCGUGGCGGACGGCAUGAGCGGCCUCAAUGUGCACAUCUCCAUGAAGCACCCGUCCAAGGAGAAGCACUUCCACUGCAUGCUGUGCGGCAAGUCCUUCUACACAGAGAGCAACCUGCACCAGCACCUGACCAGCGCCGCCCACCUGCGCAACGAGCAGGCCAGCAUCGAGGAGCUUCCGGAAGGCGGCGCCACCUUCAAGUGCGUGAAGUGCACGGACCCGUUCGAGACGGAGCAGGAGCUCUUCGUGCACAUCAAGGAGAAGCAUGAGGAGCUGUUGCGCGAGGUCAACAAGUACGUCCUGGAGGACACGGAGCAGAUCAACCGCGAGCGCGAGGAGAACCAGGGCAGCGUGUGCAAGCACUGCGGCAAGGUGUGCAAGAGCAGCAACUCCAUGGCCUUCCUGGCUCACAUCCGCACACACACAGGAUCGAAGCCGUUUAAGUGCAAAAUCUGCAACUUUGCCACCGCCCAGCUGGGUGACGCCAGGAACCACGUGAAGAGACAUCUGGGCAUGAGAGAGUACAAGUGCCACAUCUGUGGGUGGGCCUUUGUGAUGAAGAAGCACCUGAGCACUCACCUGUUGGGGAAACAUGGACUGGGCCAGCCCAAAGAGAGGAAGUUUGAGUGUGAUCUGUGUGACCGGUCGUUCAGUGAGAAGUGGGCUCUGAACAACCACAUGAAGCUGCAUACGGGGGACAAGCCCCAUAAGUGUGCCUGGCCAUCCUGCCACUACGCCUUCCUCACCCUGUCUGCCAUGAAAGACCACUACAGGACACACACAGGAGAAAAGUCCUUCCUGUGCGAUCUCUGUGGUUUUGCGGGUGGCACGCGACACGCCCUCACCAAGCAUCGCCGGCAACACACAGGAGAACGGCCCUUCAAGUGUCUGCUGUGCGGCUUCGCCUCCACCACCCAGUCCCACUUGACCCGCCACAAGCGCGUGCACACAGGGGAGAAGCCCUACCGAUGCCCCUGGUGCGACUACAGAUCCAACUGUGCGGAGAACAUCCGAAAGCACAUCCUGCACACGGGGAAACACGAGGGAGUGAAGAUGUACAACUGCCCCAAGUGUGACUACGGCACCAACGGCCCCAUGGACUUCAGGAACCAUCUGAAGGAGCAUCACCCCGACAUCGAGAACCCUGACCUGGCCUACCUGCAUGCAGGUAUCGUGUCCAAGUCGUUCGAGUGUCGUCUAAAGGGCCAGGGAGCCACGUUCGUGGAGGUUGACACUGCGUUUGACGGGGCCUUCCCGUUGCGAAGGGUGGGCUCCAUGGAGGGGCUGGAGGGCCAGGAGGGUGUCCAGCAGGUGAUCAUCAUCCAGGGUUACGGCAGUGGGGAGAUGGCCUUCGACCAGGCCCUGGAAGAGUCAGCUGCUGCUACCCUGCGAGACCUGGCCAUGGCGGGACAGGUGGCCGAGGUGCUCCACAUCACCGAGGACGGCCAGGUCAUCUCCUCGGGGAGGGAGGUGUCUGCAGGCGGGGCCCAUCACCUGGCCGGAGGCACCACCCGGUACGUCCUGCUGGAGUCCGGCGGGACUGCAGCCGGAGGUCACGGGGGUCACGGGGGAGGGGCGACGCACCACCACAUGGUGUCGGAGUCAUCCACGGCUCUGGAUGCCCUCCUCAGUGCCGUCAGCGAGAUGGGCCAGCAGGAAGAGGACAGCCAAGAGGUCAUGACCCAGGAAGUUGUGUCAGAGGUGGUGGCGGAAGAGGAGGAGGUGGAGGUGAAGACGGACGAGGAGGUGUGGGAGGAGCAGCAGGUGCAGGAGGAGCAGGUGGUCCAGGAGGUGCUGCAGUUUGCAGCCAGCCAUCUGAUGAAGGAGGGGCUGACGCAGGUGAUCGUCAACGAUGAGGGGACCCACUACAUCGUGACAGAGCUGGAUGACAACACCCUCCAGGUGGAGCGGACCAUGUACACCCAGCACCAGGGAGGGGAGGACGACCAGCAGAGCGAGGGAGUUUCAGAGGGCCAGACUGGGGAGAGGAUGGUCUACUACCUGGAUGGAACGCCACACAAUGUGGUUCUGGAGAAGGUGGAGGUGGACUAGUCGGUGACUGUGGCGAGAAUCUCAUCUGGAUUUCCUUGAUUCCUCGAGUCCUCUCCUCACCUCCUUCUCAAAACCCGUUGGAUAAGAAGUUGUAGGGGAGUGACCUCUGUCUGACCUUUUCAUCCAUUGGGUUGGAGAAGGCGGCGAGGGGAGAGAAUGCAGUUGAGAGUUUCCCUGUGUGAAGACCAAAUGUCCAGCUUAAAGCCCCUAAGAGUCUUCCUCUUUGUCUCUUUCAUUGAAAAUGUCAUGUAUUUUUUUUUAUACAUAGCUUUAUCUCCGUUUUGCAACGAUCAACUCAGGAUAACAUUGACACCUAUAGAGUUCUAGUGAGGUGCGAAGUCUUUGGCGCUAACAUUAUUUAACAUUUGCAUCAUUUUAUGGCCAACGCCAGAAUUACCACUUGUUUUUGGAGUCAUGACUGGAAAUACGUAGGCUAUUUUCAGUUGCAAAAAGAACACUUUUAGGAUUACAUAACGGGAAAUGUUCCCGUUAUCUAGAAAGACGUACAAUCUUUAAGUUGUGUGGUUUGGUUUUGUUGAAAGUUGGAGAAUAGUAGCAGCUUUAUUUUUCAGUUUGAUAUGGUUUUACUAAAAGGACAUUUCCACCCAAAAACGAUAUUUUGCUAUUUGUUUAAUCAGCCCAUUGUUGGUUUUGCAUGUCAGCAAUCCAUUUUCAACAUAUAUCAUUUUCAAAACACAGAAAUACCGCUGGUAUGAUGCAAAAGGCAGCAUCAUCUUGCAUCAUACCAGCUAUAUUUCUGUGUUUUGAAAGUUAUAUAUCUUGAAAACUUGUUUGCUGAUAUGCAAAACAUUUCUGUACUAUAUCAACAAUGGACUAAUGAAACAAAUACCAAAAUAUUGUUUUUUGAGUGGAGUUUUCCUUUAAGUAGUGAAUUAGUUUGCAAUUGUAAGUUAAAUAAUUAUUUUUGGUUUGUUUAUUUAAAAUUAAUAGGUCUGUUUUGAUAACAGACACCUUGCUUUCAUACCUUGCUGAAUCUAGGACCAAUAGGAUUUUGGACAUCGAAAAUAUCCAGGCUGCUGAUUGCUCUAAAUACAGGGGCAGUCCACUGAUUGGCUUUGUUUUCAGCAAUUCCUAAAUAUGGUCAGAACGCUGAUUGGUCUGAAUCCAGGCGCAGUCCACCUAUUUUUCAGGAUGUUCUCAAAAUGUCACGGUGCUGACAUUGUUUUGCAUCAUUAUUAAGUUCUCUCAUAGUGAGUGUCCUUUGACCGUCAAAAUAGGACAAAUUAAUUGGAUUGCCACAGAAAAAUGCGUUUGACAGAAUAGCUUGAUGAUGACACAACAUUUAGUGAGUUUCUGAUAAUCAUAAUUCAAUUAAAGUUGCUAAGUAUUUUUCUCCAUUGGUUUUACUGCUCUCAGUUAUUGUAAAUAUAUGAUUCUGUAAAUGAAAUUGCAAUGAGACUUGCGUUUGACUAAUGACAAUAAAGCUUGGUCUUCAUU